GGAAGGCAUUUCUGGGUGGCUCUGUGCUGACUGGAAGGGGAGACUGGGCCACCAAGUGCCCUGGCUCCCCCUCUUCAAACGGCCUCUACACCGAGCACCUUUGGUCCUCAGACCCACUCCUGUCCUGCCCUUUCCUCCUCACCUGCCUGUAAUUCCUACUUCACAGGUGAGGAAACUGAGGCUGAGUGUUCAGCUCAAGGCCUCAGAGUUCAAUGUCACUGGAGCUCCACUGCAGGCAUCCAGGUCUGGGAGGGAGCAGGUACCAAAACCCCACAUUUCUCCUGCAGGGAACCCACACAGGUGUGAGGGUCUCCUGUGCAUCUGAGAGUUCUAGGAAGAGGUCACUCCUACUGCCCACCCCGUUUAUGUCAUCCCCAUUACUCAUUUGACGAAAACAUGGACUUCCCAGCUCAGCCACCUCCUGAGGUUCCCCACUACGUCAGAAGGUCCAAAUCCCCAGCAUUCACUGUAGAGCCUUCCAUGCCUCUGCUCUGUCUUGACCGUUGAGAACCUGCACUGACUCUGAACUUCACGGUGGUUCCCAAUAGCUCUGCCAUUCCCCCUGCUGGCAUGCCCAAUCCCUGCUAAAAUUUCACUGACCCUUUUGUGAAACCUAAUUGUCUCUCCAGCUGAUGACCUUCAGCUAAAAGCCAGCUCCCCUGUGAUCCCAGAGCAUUUUGUUUGUCACUCUUGGAGCACUUCCCAGAGUGGAGCCUCCAUAGCGCUCCACCUGUUUGUCUCUCACCUGUGAGCUCCUCUAGGAACUCGUGGUGAUGAAUGACCCCUGUCCCUCCCGCUGGCCGGGAGCAGCCUUCCUGUGGUCUAACCUGAGUCGCUCCUGCUGCAGUGCAUGGGGCAGGGAGGGUGAGAGUGACGGCAGCAGGCUGAGCGCCCGCUGGGCCGGAGCAGGGCGUCAGGUGGGCGCGGCCGGUCCGCUACCCCAGCCCGCGCCGCCGCUGGUGCCUUUUCGUCCCGUUUACCGCUAGUGGCUGCUGUCGCUCAGUGGAGCCCAAGGAGACUGCGGCCAGAGCGUCCACCGCUCAAGAUGGUGGCUCCCGAGUCUCCUCUCCCACCGGCGGAGCAGAAAUAAACUUUCUUGGCUAAGUUAGAUGGAUGGUCCCCAUUAGCCUGGCGGGCUGCCCUCCUCCUGCCUCCCCACCAACUCCCUUUGUCAAAGGAGGUGACUCGGUGUGUGGGGGAGGCUGGGGGCAAGAGCAUUUGGGUGGGGUUUGGUGGUGCCCUGCCAUUCCUCCAGCAGGAAUGGUGCCCCCAGGGAAGAAACCAGCCGGAGAGGCUUCCAACUCCAACAAGAAGUGCAAGCGUUACUUCAAUGAGCACUGGAAAGAGGAGUUCCCAUGGCUGGACUUUGACUACGAGCGGAAGCUGAUGUUUUGCCUCGAGUGCCGCCAGGCCCUGGUGCGGAACAAGCACGGCAAAGCCGAGAAUGCGUUCACUGUGGGCACCGACAACUUCCAGCGCCACGCCCUGCUGCGCCAUGUGACCUCGGGGGCUCACCGCCAGGCUCUGGCCGUCAACCAGGGCCAGCCCACUUUCGAGGGCCCGGCUGAGGGUGGAGGGGCCUGCCCAGGCCUGGCACCCACCCCCACCUCCAAGGGCAUCAAGGUGGAAGUGGAUCCUGCCAAAGUGGCCGUGCUGACCACGGUGUACUGCAUGGCCAAGGAGGACGUGCCGGACGACCGCUGCUCUGCCCUGCUUGAGCUACAGAGGUUCAACCUGUGCCAGGCACUGCUGGGCACGGAGCACGGUGGCCAUGGCCAGUGUCUUGCACACAGAGGCCUGCCAGCGCCUGAAGGCAUCCCCGUAUGUGGGGCUGGUGUUGGAUGAGACCAAGGACUGGCCUGAGUCCCACAGUCUGGCCUUGUUUGCCACUUCAGUGUCCCCCUGUGAUGGCCUGCCUGCCGCCACCUUCCUGGGCAGUGUGGAGCUACAGGAAGGCGAGGCCACUGCUGGCCAACUCCUGGACAUCC